AUGAGUGCAACAAUACCUAAUUUAAAUCAAUUAGCACAAUGGAUUAAUGCUGAAACCUAUGAAACAACAUUUCGUCCAAUACCACUUGAAGAAUAUAUUAAAAUUGAAUCAAUUUUAUAUAAUAAACAAUUUAUGUCUAUACAACAUAAUUGUCGUAGUGUACUUGUAUUUUAUUCUACGAAACAUUGGUGUGAAGUUUUAGCAAAAUUAUUAGCAAAAAAUUUUCAUCGAAUUAUUGAUGAUAAACAAAUAAAUCCAUUUGAUAGAACAAAACUUGAAGAUGUUAUCGAACAAUUACGUCGAACUCCAGUUAGUCUUGAUACUGAUCUUGCUUGUUCAAUACCAAUGGAUGUUGCUUUUCAUCAUGCUGGUUUAACGAUUGAUGAGCGAGAAAUUAUUGAAAAUGCUUAUCGUGCAAAUAUUAUUUGUGUUAUUGUUUGUACAAGUACAUUAUCUAGUGGGGUUGGUCGAGCUGGUCGAAAAGGUUAUGAUGAUUAUGCUGAAAGUAUUUUAAUUUGUUCAAAACAAGAAGUUAAACUAGUACAAAAAAUGUUUGAACAACAAACAAUUAAACCAGUAAAUAGUUGUUUUUUUGAAGUCGAAACACAUACAAGUCUUAAACGAGCUUUACUUGAAGUUAUUUCAAGUCUAAAAGCUAAGACGAAAGAACAAAUUAUUUCUUAUAUUAAAUCGACAUUUUUCUAUAUUUGUGCAAAUUCUAAUAAAUCGAAAAUAGAUGAACAAUCAACUAUUGAUAAAUGUCUUAGUUGGUUAUGUCAUAAUGAACUUAUUCAUUGUAUAGAUAAAGAAAAUAUUGAUAAUGAAAAUAAUUUACGUUAUGAACCAACAUAA